GGGCGGUUCCAGUGACGUCUCCAAAAUCAGCCCGAAUGUUAAACCUGCCACUCUGAUAGACGCAGAGAGCGCGAGGGGACCUUCUGAUGACGAGCCGGGAAUGGAGACGCUCCCGGAGGAAUAACGCGCAGGAAUACCCGGCGGCCGCGUGCGAUGCGCGCUCCUAGUUCCGCUUUUACGCGUCACGGCUUCUGGUUCUUCGCUCCGUCGGCGACCGGGUUCCGCGGCGGAGAGGAAGUCCACCGACAGCCGAGACCCAGGGACGCAGUCGGCGGGUAAAAGCCGAAGGGUCGAGCCGCGCAGCAGAAGCAGGCCUUGUCUUCACUAGAACAUGCACUGAGGAACCAGCGCCCCCCCCAAGUCCACCGUCCCUCUGAAGAGCAGAUCUGAGAUGGCCUCCUCCCCGAGGCUGGACGCUAACCCGUUACCGCUGCUUCAGCUCCAGGAGGUGGACUCCAGCAAGUCCUCGGAGCGGCCCGGCUCCCGCGGACUCCCGCCCGCCGUGUACAGCCCCCCCCUGGGCAUGGACGGCCAAACCGUCUGCAUCCCCUCCCCGUACACGGACAGCGGCCACGAGUACAACCACGGCCACGGCCCUCUGAACUUCUACAACCCGGCCGUGCUGAGCUACGCCCGGCCGCCCGCCACCGACAGCCCGUCCUCUCUGUGCCCCCCCCUCAGCCCGUCGGCCUUCUGGCCCUCCAACGGCCACCCCAACAUGCCCUCAAUGACUCUGCGCUGCCCUCAGCCCCUCCUCUACAGUGAACCCAGCCCACACGCACCAUGGCUGGAGGCCAAACCCCACGGCCUGGCCGGCAGCUCCAUCAUCAGCUGUAACAAGGCGCUGGGGAAGAGAUCCAGGGAAGGAGCGGAAGGCGCGAACUCCUCCUUGUGUUCAUCCGCGUCGGGCAAAGCCGACAUGCACUUCUGCGCCGUGUGCCACGACUACGCCUCGGGCUACCACUACGGCGUGUGGUCCUGCGAGGGCUGCAAGGCCUUCUUCAAGAGGAGCAUCCAAGGACACAACGACUACAUCUGCCCCGCCACCAACCAAUGCACCAUCGACAAGAACCGACGCAAAAGCUGCCAGGCCUGCCGCCUGCGCAAAUGCUACGAAGUGGGCAUGAUGAAGUGCGGUGUACGACGCGAGCGUUGCAGCUACCGAGGGGCCCGACACCGCCGCGGUGGACUCCCGCCUCGGGACCCCUCCGGCAGGGGUUUGGUCCGGGCGGGGCCGGGCGCCCGGGCCCAGCGGCACCUUCACCUGGAGGCCCCGCUCGGCACGCUCAGCCCGCUGCCCCAGGCGCACCACGGCCACCACGCCCACCACUCGGCCAUGAGCCCGGAGGAGUUCAUCUCCCGCAUCAUGGAGGCCGAGCCUCCGGAGAUCUACCUCAUGGAGGACCUGAAGAAGCCCUUCACCCAGGCCAGCAUGAUGAUGUCCCUCACCAACCUGGCCGACAAGGAGCUGGUGCUCAUGAUCAGCUGGGCCAAAAAGAUCCCGGGCUUCGUAGAGCUGAGCCUAGCGGACCAGAUCCACCUGCUCAAGUGCUGCUGGCUGGAGAUCCUGAUGCUGGGGCUGAUCUGGAGGUCGGUGGAUCAUCCCGGAAAGCUCAUCUUCUCUCCGGACUUCAAACUGAACCGGUGAGCGGCUCGGGUGGCGUUCGCACUCUCGGCCGCUCCGUCGGAGCUUUCCGUGGCCGAUUCUGGCUGUUUUGUUGUGGUCAAGAAGCCUGCAGAGAUGUGCUCCUCACGCGCUUUCCAGUAAUGUCUCAGAUUAGACGUGCAUUAGACGUGCAGGACCACACGCCUUGUGGAUUUGUGGCUUAAUUUCAUGGUGCUGUUAAAGCAAAUCAAUUUAAGAUGUUACAAAGUGAAGUUAUUCCUCUGUGCAGGGAGCUGCACCGCUGGGAUGGAUCACUGAUCCGACGUGACAUAUCGCCUUGCAGAGAACUAAAAAUACUUUGCUUUGGCCUUCAAUCCAUUACAAUCUGAGGCCGUGAAACUAGAGAAUAAGAAAAUACGUUUCCUGCUGGAUCAGGUUUCACUUGUGUUUCUCUGUCUUCCCUGAGAAAUGGGAGGAGCCUGAGAUCCAUAAUAUCUUCUUAUAAUGUGGAAUUAUAUUUCUCAUUUAAAGGGUGUUAAUAUGUCAGAACUGAACUUCUGCCUCAGAUACUUGAACUUGUUCAGCUUCCAGCAUCACAACAGUGAUGGCGGUUACAGUGUAAUCUUUAACCCACAUUGUCGCACAAAGGUGAAGAAGCUUCACUAAGACCUUGAAACAGGAAAUAUAUCAGUAACACUUGUGCAGAAAUAUCUCCUCUCUUCUGGACUGUUGUCUCCUUUCCUUUGCCAAAAGCCUUUUAUCUCCCCUUGUUCCUUUUCUCUCUGACCUUCAACUUCAGCCACACUGCGGUUCACCCUUUUGUUUUUCCCGGUAAACACGGCGUAAUUACGCCGCCGCCGCUCUACCGCUUCUCCUCGUGGGCCCUGGUGCUCUCGAUCUGCUGGUUUUGUCAGCAGGAGUUAAUGAAACAUUAAAGCCAAGUGUUCUUUGCCGAGUCCAAAGUGCAGCGGAGUGACGGAGCACAUUAUCGGCCGGGUAACGCAACCACACAAACCGAGUGUGUGUGUGUGUGUGUGUGUGUGUGUGUGGCUGCAUUCACUCUGAAUGGGACGGCUUUUAAUACUUACAAGGACACAUUUAGUUUAAGCUAACGUCCCUCAAACGGAUGAAAAAAAAAAAGAAAGUAGAGUGAGAUUGUGACUCUUUGGGGACGAUAGAAAGUCUCUGUUGAGUUUUUAACGUUUGACCUUUCUCUCCUCGUUGCCACGGAGACGGUCACUAUAGGCUUAGGUUGGCCUUGAUGUGUUUUCACAACACGGCCUGAGGUUCCUCUCGCCGUAAACCUCCCGGAGGCCGAACACACACACACACACACACGGACACACGGACGGACACACAGAGGGUUUGCUCGUUUCUCUCUGGUCGGUCUUUUUCUCCCUCAGACCUUCUCUCUUUUUAUCCGUCACCUGCCAAUCAGGAAGUGUACGUAGAGGCGUAUUUAUGUGUGUUUAUGCAACCGAAGAACAGAAUUUACAAUAUUUGAAAUGCAGAGUACCAAUUAAGAGACCUGUCAAUCAGCGUGUAGCCCCGCCCUAAAGCAUCCCCUGUUUUAUGGUCUGUUUGACUCUAAAUGAACAAUAAUUCACUAAAUUAACAUUUAGACCAUAAACUCAUGUUUACAUUGUUUACUGAGGGAAUAAAUCCACAGAGAAGUAGAUUCAUUUUCUCAUAGACGUCUAUGGGAGCAGAGGAGUCGCCCCCUGCUGGUCACCACACAGAAUGCAGCUUAAGGACACUACACCCACUACUUUCAUUUAGACUACACAUUUAUCUCCAUGUCUUCG